GUUUAUUGAAUAUCAUAAUUCUUCCCUUUCCCUGAAGAUAAACCAGUGACAUGGAAACUAAAAACCACAGUGGAGCAUCACAGUUCCUCCUCCUGGGUCUCUCAGAGAAUCCUGAGUUGCAGCCCCUUCUCUUUGGGCUCUUUCUGUCCAUGUACCUCCUAGAAGUGCUUGGGAAUCUGCUUAUUAUCCUGGCUGUGAGCUCUGACUCCAAUCUCCAUGCCCCGAUGUACUUCUUCCUCUCCAACCUGUCUUUUGUGGACAUCUGUUUCAUCUCUUCUUCAGUCCCCAAGAUGUUGGUGAACAUCCAGGCACAGAGCAAAGACAUCUCCUACAGGGAGUGCCUCACUCAGGUGUAUUUUUUAAUGCUUUUUUCUGCAAUGAAUGAUCUUCUGCUCACUGUGAUGGCCUAUGACUACUUUGUGGCCAUCUGUUACCCCCUAAACUACACAGUCAUUAUGAACCACCAAUUUUGUGGCCUUCUGGUUCUGAUGUCCUGGAUGAUCAUUUUCUGUGUCUCUGUGAUUCAAAUUUUCCUGAUGAUGCAGAUCACUUUCUCUACAGGCACAGAAAUCCCUCAUUUCGUCUGUGAACUAGGUCAGGUUCUUAAAGUGGCGAGCUCUGACACAUUCAUCAUUAACAUCCUUGUCUAUGUGGUAACUUCUCUUCUGGGUGUGUUUCCUGUGACCGGGAUCUUCUUCUCUUACACUAGGAUCAUCUCCUCCUUACUGAGGAUGUCUUCCUCUGCAAGCAGGUAUAAAGCAUUUUCUACCUAUGGGUCUCACCCCUGUGUGGUCUCCUUGUUCUAUGGAACAGCACUAGGGGUGUAUCUCAGUUCAGCUGUUGCUCAUUUUUCCCAGGGAAGCAUGAACACCUCUGUGAUGUACACUGUGGUGACCCCCAUGCUGAACCCCUUCAUCUACAGCCUGAGGAACAAGAAUGUGAAAGGGGCCUUGGGCAGACUCUUCAUCAGAGCAGCCUCUUGUCCUUCAUGGACCAGUGUUCUCUGAAA